AUGGCGGGCCCUUGGGUCGAAAGAGGCACUAGUUCAAGACGUGCCCCUUGGGAGACCAAUGCCCACAGUGAUGGACUUUCCCUGGCAGACCUGGACGAGCUUUGUUGGCCGGGUCUUUGGUCAGCCUCUGACGUCUCGCAUGUCCCAAGUGAUCAGAUCAAUAGUGGAGCUCAGGGCCUUUGUUUUGUCACUCAAACGACCCUUUUAGAAUACCGGUGCUUCCGUUCUAGUGCAAUGUUCGUGUUUGUCACCAAAGGCUUUGUGAAAGAGAGAUUGCUCAAGCACAAGUUUGAAGAAGAUCGCAUCAUUGAAGCCAGCCUGUCAGUCCAUGACCCAGUCUUGAAACAAGACACUCCAAGAGCCUUGACGUUGGUGAACUGUUCAGAUGACCCAACAGACUGGGUGACAAUCUCUGACCCAGAAGUUGCGGUAAAGGUGUCGCAGAUCAACAGGAUGGGCGUCUUUGUGGAGAUCCGGCAAAGCCAGGCUGUCCCAAGAGAUUGGGAGACAUUCUCUGAUGUAGCCAAAUUUGACAACUACAUCAAACAAAUUCUCCAGACAGCCCGGUGUGAAAACACCGCCAUUCAAUACAAAAGUUUCCAGAGAGAAGGGUAUCUGGCAAAGCGGCUCCUCAUUCCGACCGAGAUGAGAGACCAAAUUUAUGCCAGGAGUGGGUUGCACAGCAUUCAGGUGAGACCUAUUAGAGCUUGGGAAGAUGCACCCGAAUCUGGUCUUGAGCUUCUCCCUCUUGACACAAAAGAGCUCUUAGGUGAUCUUGCCCAAACUCAUCACCAGCGAGAUGGAUUUCUCGGGAUGUUUCAGACUGGCCGCACUAUUUACUACAGAACCUCAGAUGCAACGAUUUCUGAUGCCAGGAAAAUGUGGUAUCCUGACCAGGACAGGUGGACCCCAGACAACAUUCAGGUCAAAGCCAUCCAUCACUGGAAAAUAUCGGGUUUUCCAACAGGGACAUCAGCACAGGAGGUGGCAGAGACUUUGACCAGUCUCGGCGUAGCUGCUGUCCCGACAAAACAGCUACACUUCCGCGAGCUAUGCGUUGUGUUUGCCUUCAGUGCGAAAGAGCCCAUGCACCUCAAGUUUCAGACCAACAUUGGCAUCAUUCGACUCGAGAAGCUGGAGCCGCAGAAGCGGGCAGUGAAGCAGAUCAAGGAUGCGUCAGUGAUUGCCCCCACCCCAUCUUUCCCAGCCAAAGGAAAAGGAAAAGGCAAAACCAAGAUUCAGACCUCACCAAGCAGUCCAAUUUCCACGAUCCCAAGUGCUCCGGUGACUCCUUCCACCAGUGCACCUUCUUCAGCCCCAAGUUCGUCAAUGGCGAGCCGCGUGGCAAUUCUGGAGCAGCGGCUGGAUGGGGUUCAAAAAGACAUCCAAGUAGUGAGAUCAGAGUACCACGAGCUCAAGACAUCUGUUCAUGCAAUCGAAAAGAAGCAGGACAAGGGGUUCUCGGAUUUGAUGGAGGCAAUCGGUGCAUUGAAAGGCUUGCCAUCAAGUGCAUCGAGCACGCCAGUGAAAUCGCCUGCUUCCAAGAAAGCAAAGCCGAGAGAAGACUUCGAGCCGAAUUUGAAAAGCAAGGGUGGCAAUCAGUUCUUGGGUACCAACCCCCUGUGA